UCGAAGAACCCGAAUUUACUGAAUAUAUUGAAAAUGUUACAGUACCUGCUGGACGUAAUAUUAAAUUAGCCUGUUCGGUUAAAAAUUUAGGAUCAUAUAAGGUGGCAUGGAUGCAUUUCGAACAAUCAGCCAUAUUAACGGUACACAAUCAUGUUAUAACACGUAAUCCACGCAUCAGUGUGACACACGAUAAACAUGAUCGUCAUCGCACCUGGUAUUUACACAUAAACAAUGUUCAGGAAGAGGAUAAGGGACGUUAUAUGUGUCAAAUCAAUACUGUGACAGCCAAAACACAAUUUGGCUAUUUAAACGUGGUUGUUCCUCCCAAUAUAGAUGAUUCGCUAAGUUCAAGUGAUGUCAUUGUUCGAGAAGGUUCAAAUAUUUCAUUACGCUGUCGUGCUAGUGGCAGUCCCAAGCCGGUCAUUAAAUGGAAGAGGGAUGAUAAUUCAAGAAUUACAAUUAGUAAAAAUCAUAUUGUAAAUGAAUGGGAAGGUGAUACUUUGGAAAUAACCCGAAUAUCACGCUUAGAUAUGGGUGCCUAUUUGUGUAUAGCAUCAAACGGAGUGCCACCAACGGUUUCAAAACGCAUCAAAGUCAGUGUAGAUUUUCCCCCUAUGCUGUUGAUACCACAUCAAUUGGUGGGUGCCCCUGAAGGUUUCAAUGUUACAAUCGAAUGCUUUACCGAGGCUCAUCCCACUUCCUUAAACUAUUGGACCAGAGGCGAAGGACCAAUUAUACACGAUUCCAGUAAAUACAAAGUGGAGUCUAGCAUUGGAGUGCCUGUUUAUAAAACCCAUAUGAAAUUGACAAUUUUAAAUGUGGGCAGUGGUGAUGAUGGAAUCUAUAAAUGUGUGGCCAAAAAUCCUCGCGGUGAAACGGAUGGCAUUAUUAGACUUUAUGAAGAAGGCAAAUUAAUACACUCGAAAAAUGUUGUGAUAAAAUCAUCUAUACUGACAAAACUCAAUUCUACCGAAAGAUUCUAA